CGUUGAAAAUCGUAAAAAUGUCCUUUAUUGAGUUCGAAAGUGCCCGUGAGAAGGAAAAACAUCGUCAAGAACUGCGAGAUGCGCGUGAACAGAUGCUCAAAGAGGCGGAAAAUCGUUUCCAUAAGAGAGAACAACGAGAUCGGGAGAAGAUUUUGAAAGGAGAAGCGGAUUUUUUAUUGCCUUCGGUCGAGAAAAAAUUAAAAAAGCAGUCAAAGAGCAAAAAAGCGAAGAAAGAAAAGAAGAAAAAGUCCAAAAAUAAGAGAAAAAAGCACUCGAGCAGUGACUCAGAUGAAAGUUCAGAAGAAGAAAAGCGAAAAAAGAAGCGGAAAAAGAAGAAAUACUCAAGUCCAAGUAGUUCAAGCAGCGAAUCAAGUGACGAAAGUCAAGAUGAAUGGGUCGAAAAAUCCUCCGCAAAGCCUUCGGAAGCAUCUCAACCCUUAGUUAGAGACUCCUGGAUGUUCGACACAACAAUCGCAACCUACAGCAAAGAGAAAAAAGACCCAAAAAAGGAUGAAAAAAAGCAAAUUGACUCUUACGAUCCCGCCAAAAGUGUCAAAGAGCUCAACCCUUAUUGGAAAGAUGGGGGCGGAGGACUUCCUUCGACAUUCCAAAAGCCCAAAGAAGAUUCAGACGAUGAAAAAUCCUCAAAUUAUAAAAAUAAAACUCCCGUUCAACGAGGAAAUUGGCGAAAAAAAGAAGCCGUACCUGAAAAAUCGGUUGAAAAACCCCAAAAAAGCCCUUCCCGAAGUCCAUCUCGAAGCAAAAGCAGCGAAAGUGACGACGAACCCCCCAAAAAAGACGAAUCCUCGAUGAAAAACUUCCUCACGGACCAACAAAUGAACGAAUUGGGUGCGAAAAUUGUCAAAGCUGAGAUCAUGGGCAACGAAACUCUCGCGAAACAACUAAAAGAAAAGCUUGAACUUGCCCGUGAAUGUCGAAAAACGGUAAAAAUCCCUCCAAAAACGAAGGAAACAUCAACUGACAACAAGAAAAACGACGUUCAAGAGAUAAUUUUGACAAAAUCAAGCACUCAUGGAACAUCCCGUCCUCUCGAAAAAGCUGAUCCCUACUCACGAUCAGGCGGAAAACGAAAAAAACAAAAGCCCGAUACCCAUUUAAGCGGCGAACGUGUAAAAUAUUUCCCCGACGACGACAAAUACGACAUAAAACAAAUGUUUGAACGUGAAAAAUUCACAACUUCGAGCGAUGGCGACGCACAAUUCACGAAAAUUGCGAUGGCAAGUAGCAAAGCGGGGAGUUCUCGUGAUAAUUUGGAAGACAUUUUCGCUUCGGAAGCCUUCAAGUCGAUGUCUGACGCGAAAAUGAGUGAAAAGGAACGUGCCCGUGCCAUAAAUGAACAUCAAAAAACGACAAAAAUCCUGGAAAAUUGCGAAAUGUGCAUCGAUUCAUCCAAAAUCGAGAAGCAAUUGAUCGUCGCUUUAGGCGAAAAAGUUUAUUUAUCACUUCCAUGGCAUGAGGGACUCCAGCCGGGACAUUGUUUGAUCGCAACAACGGCUCACUUGAACUGUUCUACCUCCGUGGAUGAAGAAAUUUGGUCCGAAAUUAACGAUUUUCGCAAAGCUUUAACGCGAAUGUUCGCUGCGAGACGUCAAGAUGUGAUAUUUUUCGAAACGGUGCGUUAUUUGCACAAAAAUCCGCAUCUCGUGAUUCAUUGUGUGCCGAGCAAAAAUUUCGAAAUGGCUCCGUUUUACUUUAAAAAAGCCAUUCAAGAAUCCGAACGGGAAUGGUCGAUGAACAAACAGCUGAUCGACCUGAAAAAAGAGAAAAAAGACCUUCGAAGGGCCAUUCCGAGGGGUCUUCCUUACUUUUGGGUCAAUUUUGGCAUGGAUGAGGGCUUUGCACACGUCAUCGAGGAACAAGAAAGAUUCCCGCCCAACUUUGCGCAAGAAGUUAUCGGCGGAAUGCUUGAAUUAGACGCUCGUGCGUACCGAAAACCACGUCGCGAAUACAAUCCCGUUGCGAAAGUCAAGCAAUUUGCAGAGUAUUGGAAAAAUUUUGACUGUACACGAGACUAA